AUGCAGACUGCUUCUACAAACAUUUGUGAAAGAAUGGGUAGCUCUCAGGAGCUCAGUGAAUUCAAGCGUGAUACCAUGAUAGGUUGCCACCUGUGCAAUAAGUCCACCCAUUAAAUUUCUUUGCUACUAAAUAUUCCACAGUAAACUGUUAGUGGCAUUAUAACAAAGUGAAUGCAACUGGGAACAACAGCAACUCGUAGGUCACAUAAAAUGACAGAGCGGGGUCAGCACAUGAAGUGGACAGGGCGCAGUAGUUGCCAACUGUCUGCAGAGUCACUAGCUAAAGACCUCCAAACUUUUUGUGGCCUUCAGAUUAGCACAAAAGUGCAUAGAGAACUUCAUGGAAUGGGUUUCCAUGGCCGAGCAGCUGCAUCCAAGCCU